AUGCUUGGUUUUGUGGUUGAAAUUCGAGAAGUAUACGUUUCACAAACAGAAACGAAGCAUUAUUCAAUCAAUGCUAAAUUACCGUAUAGUUUGGAAGUUGAAAAAUUAUAUCAGGAUGAUGCGGUAUGGAUUACUACCAGCAGUUUCAUCAUUUUUACUAUGCAUUCUGGUUUCGGUUUAUUAGAAAGUGGUAGUGUAUCAGCAAAAGAUGAAGUAAAUGUUAUGAUAAAGAAUGUUGUUGAUGUGGUAUUCGGUGGUUUAGCAUAUUGGGCAUUUGGUUAUGGACUUAGUUUUGGUAACGGAAUUUAUAGUAAUCCUAUCACUGGAUGGGGUAAAUUUUUUUAUAAUCCUCAAAGAGAUUUUGAUUCACCACGUGAUGAAGGGUGGGCCUAUGCAAACUUUUUAUUUCAACUUAGUUUUGCGACAACUUCAUCAACAAUUGUUUCUGGUGCUAUAGCUGAACGUGCUAAACUUCGAUCAUAUAUUUUACUUGGUUGUAUUGUAAUUUUAAUACAAGCAUUACCGUCACAUUGGGUAUGGGAUAGUCAAGGAAUAUUCUUCAAAUUAGGCGUCGUUGAUUUUGCUGGCUGCUCAUGUAUUCAUAUGGUUGGUGGUAUCAUUGGUUUAGUGGCUACCAUUUAUUUAAAGCCACGUCGAAAUCGAUUCAAUAAAAAUUCGGUGCAUCAAAUGAGUUCACCGACAAAUGCACUUCUUGGAACUUUUAUGCUUUGGUGGGGUUGGUUUGGAAUUAAUUCUGGAUCAGCAUGGGGUGUUACAAAUGGUCGUUGGCGACUUGCAGCCAGAGCAUCGGUGGCAACAAUUAUGAGUUCAAUCGGUGGCGGUGCCGCUUCAAUUACAUUUAGUUUUGCUAAAACAAAAAAAUUACAAGUUAAUUAUCUAAUCAUUGGAUUACUUUCUUCAGUAGUUGCUAUUACAGCAAUUUGUGCUAUUGGACGACCCUGGCAUGCAUUAUUGAUCGGUGCAAUCAGUUCAACCAUUUCCAUCUUAGUAAUACCGGUAUUGGAAUUUUGGAAAAUUGACGAUCCGGUUGGAAUCGUACCAAUUCAUCUGACAUCAUCUAUAUGGGGUAUGUGUGCAGUUGGUAUUUUUGCGGAGGAUGAUCAAGUAUUGGAGCUAACAAGUGGAAAUUAUGGUUUGAUAUAUUCGGGAAGUUUCAAAUUGCUUGCAAUACAAAUGCUUUGUACAGUAACUAUUUUGAUCUAUGGUGUCAUCGUUGGACUUAUUGCGCUCAUUAUCUUGGGCAGUAGUCCUCUUGGGAUACGGGUUACAGAUUACGAGGAGCAGAUUGGUGCUGAUGCUGUAGAACAUGGAUUAGCUGGCACUAACAUUGCGCGAUAUCAUCUUGAAAAACCUUUAUCAUCAAAAACUUUUGCAACUGUUACAAAAGCAAUAACAAAGUGGAAAAUUCAAACACGUGCUAAUCGACAAUUACGUGAACGAAAUGCUGCACUUUGCGAUCGACAUGAACCUGAUAAUGACUCAAUGUUAAUUCGACAACGUAAAAGGAAACUUUCUAAUGGUGUAAGUUAUAGCCGAUCACGAAAUUUGCUCUCAUGUGUAAAAAUAUUCACCACAUCUGCAAUAUCACUUUCAGAAAACUCUUCCAAAGAAGGCAAUUUAUUGCCCCAACAAUUUCGACCUUUCGUAAUACCAUUUAGAAGAGAAGAAGAUAAUAUGAAAUAUGCAAAAAUCGACGAAACAGCACUUACUUCGAAGCAACUAAUAGAUGACGAGAGUGGAAAAAAUUCAAAUUGUAGUAAAACAUUACAAUCAACUUUUAUACCAAUGAUGGAUAGGUAUACCAAUAACGUCGGUGAAUUGCAAUCAAUGAAUCCGGAUCGAUUGCAAUUGGAUUUUGGCGUACCGGUAAGGGUAGGUAGAAGAUCACUGGAUUUUGAUAUCGUAUCCGAUAGACGGAUGCCUCAAUGCGUCACAGUAAAUAUAGAUUCAGGAAAUGCAUCCAGGAUUGUUGCUUCUAAAACUUCGUGCAGUAAUAAAAUUUUGCCAUUAAUUUCUGAUCCCGUUUGA